CACCUCCUGUCCGUAAUGAGCGUCUCUGUAACCAAGGUAACCACGCUGCCCGGGGACACUGAGAAGCGCAGGACUCGCUGCACCUCCGGACUAUUAGUGUGUGAUACAGCGGGGGACAUGCCGGGCAGCCAGAGUGACCCCAGGAGCUAUCUGCUCCUCAGACCCCUACCGACCCCCAGCCAGAAGGGGCUGAAGGUCCAGGCCAGGAGCUCGUCACAUUACAGCAGCUGGGGGCAGCACAGCCGGGAGGACGUAUUCAGGGAGCACUACUAUCGCAGGCAGAGGCAGCUGGCCCAACAGGGCUACAGCGCCCCCAACUACAAGCCCUAUGAGGACCUGGGGCACCCCCUGUACCUAGAGGCCAAGAAGCUCAUCCUGCACUCCCUGGGACAGGACCAACAGGCUAUAAAACCUGAAGAGACUGAUGCUGAGAAGGAGAUGCCUGAAGAAAGCAGAUCGGAAGCUUCAUCUAAAUCCCCAUUGAAUAAAAGGACUACAUCUUCCGGGUCCUCUGUGUAUCUGAGGCAUAGAAAGAAGGAUACGAGCAGCUUUAAUAAAGAGCUCAACCACACCAGGAAAUUGAUCAGCAGUGUAAAGCAAGGCCGAGGUUACUUUCGCAUUCUCCAUCAAGAAGAAGAAGGGAAAAAGUUGGAAACACAACAGAAACAGCGCCUUCUGCAGGAGAGGAACAGGACUGAACCGCAGCCUUUCAGGGACUCUACUGAGGAGAGCUCGGGGGACGAGGAAGUAAUAAGUAAACCGGAUAAUAAAACAAGGUUCUUUGUCACAGAGAUUGGAGAACAGCAGAGAAAAGAGAAGAGAGCAAUGAGCCGUCCAUUCACGCCUCUACACAACAGUUUGUUUUCCAAACAAGUCCUUGAUGUAGAUCCGGAAACUCUCUUCCGCCAGCUUUGUGCCAUACAUUGGCUUUUAGAGUGUCUAACCUCAGAUUCAUCUCUCUCCAUGAGGCCUGUGUCUUCUUGUUGGAAUAUAAGCAGAGAUCCUGGUGGCUGUAAAACUUCAUUAAAAAGAAUCAAUAGAGAGAAGGACGUGGAGAUGAAGUGGGAGCAGUUUAUCAUGCCGGGGAAGAAUAAAAAGCAGAGCCAAAGACUUCUCCGCAACCACUUACAAAGACCUCGGAAGAUGUCCUUCCUCAGCAUCUCACGCUAUAGCGGACUCUCAUCUGCCCAUACACCAACCAUUGGCAGUGUUUCUUCCCUUGUUCCGAGCUCUGAUGAUAUGGCAACCGGAGGCACAACUUCAUCAGAUGCACCUCAAGAAGGUGGGGAUGACUUGGAGUCUACUGUCAAUAGUUCACUCCAUACCCCAGGAAAACGGAGUAAAGAGGAGGAUGAAGAACCCCUAUCUGAUUAUAUGCAGACCUUACUGCAGAUGAUUGCAGAAAAUGUGACCAAGGAGUUAGAUGAAGAAAGCAAAUGGAAGAACAAUCUACCAAGCGACAGCUCUCUGACACAGAUCAGAGAGACAAUGAGUACGGAUGAUCAAGGAAGCACCAAGAGCAUCACACAGAGACCAAAAAGUUCCCCUGCUACUCGCUUGUCUCCUACAAACCUCUUCAUAAAGAAGAAAAGCAGUCUGUCCUCUGCGAUGAGAGAAACAUUUUAUGAUGUGGCGGAUGAAGCAGAUGUCUACUUACAUGAUAAAGUAGAGGCUAUAGAAAGGAGACGUCAAGAAUUUAAUACCCAAAAAUAUCAAUCCUUAAAUGCCAUUACUAAUUUCCGUCAAGACCUGGAGAAAAUGCGAAAAGCUUAUCACCACGUAAAGGAAGAAAAAGACUACACAGACACUAGGAACUGGUUUAUAAUGCUUCUUUCUAGGAUCCCUCCUAGUCUAAAGAACAACCAGAAAAUACACAAGAUUUUAGAAAAGCUGGAAAAGCUAGAGGAAAAGCAGGUUAUCAGAAUACGACCUAACUCCUUCCUGAAGGUUCUGCAUGGACUUCGUACAUGGGAAUUGUGUUCCCCUGAUAUAAGUGUGGCCAUAGAGUUUGUAAGAGAACAUCUAGUACAGAUGUCAUUAGAGGAUUACGUAACGUGGCUUCAGGCUCGCUUGGCUUCUUCACCAUCUAGUAGAGCUCAAAGUGCACCACCACAGAGAUGACCUGUAUAAUAAUGUAUCAUUAGACGUCAAAGAAACACCCCAGAUGUCUUUGAACAAUUGGAGUUUUGUUCUUAUCUAGUUUUUUUCGUGUAAUAUUAAGACCACAUCUUUUAUAAAUAUUUAAUUUCUGCACCUUUUAAACAGGUAUUAAGAAUAAACUAUACAUGAACUGUUUAGAGAUGUUGUAAGCUUAUUGUAAUUCUUGAUGAGCUAACACUAAGCAUGUAACUUACCAGAACUAUUUGCUUGGAAGGAGAAUUUCAGAGUAUUUAUCAUUUGGGCCCUAUUCACACCACACUUGCAAGUAAAUGUCUGAAAAUGAAAGAGUACCUGUCACCACAAAAACUUUUAAUAUUUUGUUAAUCAAUGUAUUAGAAAAAACUUUCUAAUUGCAUGUGAUUAACAAAAAUGUAUCUUUAUAUCUUUUUUUUUACUUUUAAAAAACGACUAUUAGGGGACUCUCUACAUGUUCCGGCUCAUAGAGUUCCGACUCAUGGCAUGAGUCCAAACUCUCAGUGCAGCCAGGACACUGAAGAGCACAGCGCAGCUCCCUAUCUGUCAAUCAGACAGGCGGGAGCGAGCGUUGUGCCUGCAGCACAGGAGCUCCUGACAUUGCUGGCUGCGUCAUCAGGCUACUCCUCCUAAUCAGCAAGGUUAUAUUUUUCAGUGGGCAUUAGAUAUAUAUAUAUAUAUAUAUAUAUAUAUAUAUAUAUAUAUAUCUGUGUAGAGGUAGAAGGGCGGAAGUGAGCCCAGGCAGACAUCAGAUGAUGUUGUGCCUGCCCAGCCACGCUCUCUUCCUCCCUCACACAUGGCAGGAGCUUGAGCAGGAGAGAAAAUAGGUAUUUAACUGCUGUUUUAAGAGCAAAAAUGCAGGGAUAGUACGAGUGAGAGUCAGAGAGAUAUGGGGGGGGGGGGGGAGAUUAGAGGCAGUUUAGUUGAUGAUAGGUUCUCGUUAAACAAAAAAGAAAUUAAAUGUAUAAGGUCGCCAACUAUUUGUAUGUAUUUAAUUCAUAUUCAGUAUACAGUGAUGGUGGGGAGCCACAUUAAAAAUUACAUAUAGGAUUAUCAAAGUAGCAAUUAUAUUUUAGUCAAUGUACAUGGUCGUAACUAAAAGCACUUAAUGUAUUCUGAGAUGUUCAGUAUAAGAUUACCACCCCACAUGUCAGUUAUAUGAUGGCAUCAUGAAGAGAACUGUACUAGGGUGUACAGGUCUGAAGGGGUAUUAUACUUCACCCAAACAAAUAAUGUGGCAAAACAAACACUUAUGUUCACACCCUGGUCUUAAAAAAACACAGUAUGGUGUCAUACAGUACAAAUUUUAGCUAGUGUCACUCUGCACCCUGCUGUAUUUCAGGAGGGUAGACACACCAUGUGAUCAGUGAGCCCCAAGUAUGGUAUCAAACAAAGACUUAAAUUUAAUAAUAAAACUAAUACUAUCCACAAUGCUCUUGGUGGCUACACAUAUAGCUCUCUGAAUAUCAAAAGGAUAUGGUCACUGGAUAUCCAACAGGUAAGUAAAUAUUGCCUCUGUAUGGUCCAAUAUAGACCUCCGAUGUUUGUGCCAAUAAUUAAAAGAACAGUUAUGGAGAAUGGGACAGCUAGGACACCUACAGUGGCAGAAAGCCAGAUUAGUCUUCUAGCUGCCUUGCCUGCUGUUGUGUCUGUGUUGACUCAUGUCAGUCGUCCCAGUGUUUCUCUAUUUAAUACAUAAUCCCAGCCCGGAUUUUUCCUUCCCAUGCGCAUUACUUUACAUUUAUCAGUGUUGAACUUCAUCUGCCACUUCGCAGCCCAAACUUCCAACCUAUACAGAUCCAUGUGUAAGUGCACUGUCCUCUAUUGUGUUAACCACUUUACAGAGCUUAGUGUCAUCUGCAAAGAUCAAUACUUUACUAACUAAUCCCUCUACUAGGUCAUCAAUAAAUAAAUAUAAAUAUGUGUUUGUCUAUGUGUGGACACCCAAUGAUUGGUAAAGAAAUGAAGCCAUUGCAUGUGUUCUUAUGUUGUGUGUGUCAGGAUAUUAUGGUGGAGAUUUAUCAAAACUUGUCCAGAGGAAAAGUCACUGAGUUGCCCUUAGCAACCAAUCAGAUAGCUGCUUUCAUUUUUGAAAAGGCCU